UCUCCGCUUCAGAAACAAAGAACCUUUAUCUGGAACAGGGCGCCAUAAGCACUACAAGCAAUUCGCCGUAGAGAAAGAGAAACACAGAGAUCUGUAAUGGCCUUUGCUGUCACUUCUUCUACUUCCAUCUCCGGCUCCCUUUCUUCUCGCUUCCAUGAACAGCCCAAAGCUCCGUUGAUCGGUUCGUUUCAGCCGUUGGAUCGGUCUCAUCCUCAGCCGGCGGGUUUAAAUUUUUCUCGGAGAAGGUGUUCCGUGAAGCCGCUGAAUGCGGAGCCCAAAGGGAAGGACUCGAUUGUUCCCCUUGCAGCAACCGUCGCUGUUCCCGAGGUGGAGGAGAAAGUCGACGCCGAGGACUAUGAGCGGCUGGCUAGGGAGCUUGAAAACGCUUCUCCUCUUGAAAUCAUGGAUAAAGCGCUGGAGAAAUUCGGAAAUGACAUUGCAAUUGCUUUCAGUGGUGCUGAAGAUGUUGCUUUGAUCGAGUAUGCACAUUUGACUGGCCGCCCGUUUAGAGUAUUCAGCCUGGACACAGGGAGGCUAAACCCAGAAACAUACAAGUUCUUUGACAUGGUUGAGAAGCAUUAUGGCAUUCGCAUUGAGUACAUGUUCCCUGAUGCUGUUGAAGUUCAGGCUUUAGUACGGAGCAAGGGAUUGUUCUCCUUCUAUGAGGAUGGUCACCAAGAGUGCUGCCGGGUAAGGAAGGUGAGACCCUUGAGGAGGGCUCUGAAGGGGUUACGUGCCUGGAUCACCGGGCAGAGGAAAGAUCAAUCGCCCGGCACUAGAUCCGAGGUUCCGGUAGUGCAGGUCGACUCUUCUUUUGAGGGACUGGAUGGCGGGGUUGGAAGCUUGGUGAAGUGGAACCCUGUGGCCAAUGUGGAGGGAGGCGACAUUUGGAACUUUCUUCGUGCCAUGAAUGUUCCUGUUAAUUCAUUGCACUCCCAAGGGUAUGUCUCGAUUGGGUGUGAGCCGUGCACAAGGCCGGUCCUCCCGGGGCAACACGAGAGAGAGGGAAGGUGGUGGUGGGAGGAUGCCAAGGCCAAGGAAUGUGGCCUCCACAAAGGAAACAUCAAGGAGGAAAAUGCAGGGCAAGUCAAUGGAAGUGGCAAUGGCGCUGCCCAUGCCAAUGGGUCUGCAACAGUUGCUGAUAUCUUUGACACCCAGAGUGUUGUGGCAUUGAGCAGGAGUGGAAUAGAGAAUCUGUUGAAAGCGGAGGACCGAAGAGAGCCCUGGCUUGUCGUUCUAUACGCACCUUGGUGCCCCUUCUGCCAGGCUAUGGAAGGAUCAUAUGUUGAAUUGGCUGAGAAGCUGGCGGGGAGUGGCGUGAAGGUGGGAAAGUUCAGAGCAGAUGGCGAGCAGAAGCCAUUUGCACAGCAAGAGUUGCAGUUGAGCAGCUUCCCGACGAUACUUUUCUUCCCCAAACACUCUUCUCGGCCCAUCAAGUACCCAUCUGAGAAGAGGGACGUGGACUCUUUGAUGGCUUUUGUGAAUGCUCUCCGGUGAUUAAAAUGGUCCUGGAGUCCAAACAUCUGUGUUCUUCUCAAGUUAAUUCGUGUAAGUUACAAAAAUGGAAAGAAAAUGUGAAUCUGCAAUAAGAAAGAAGCAUAGGCAAGAUCAGAGUGUGGCUGGAGACUCGAGUUUCAAUACAGCCGGAGUCCAUUGCCUGCUUGUUAGUGGAUUCAAUGUCCUAAUGUUGAAUCCUUCUUUUGUGUCACUUAAUAGCGUUUGUUGUUUUCUUCGUCUGGUUAGGGUGCCCUUCGGGGCUAAUUUUGCCAUACAGCUACUUUAAGAUUGGUGAUUCUGUAAGAAUUGAAUGCUUGUAAAUUUUCGCAUCUUUCGUCUCA